AUGACACUUACCGGAAGCUGCAUGUGUGGUGGUAUCACCUACACCGUUGAAGUUGACAACUACCUGUCCGCUUUGUGCCAUUGCACCGACUGCCAAAAGUGGACUGGCGGUGCCUUCACCUCCAAUGCUGUUGUUCCCCGCAACAGCUUUAAGGUGACCAAGGGAACACCAAAGACUUACGAUGCCAUUGGCGCCAGUGGCAAAGUCAACAAGCACUUCUUCUGCUCAAACUGCGGAUCUAGUCUCUACACCGAAUUGGAAGUCAUGCCUGACAACACAGUCGUCAAGGCCGGAGGUCUAGAUGGCGGCGAAGCCAACCUCCGCGGCAAAGUUGAUGUUGAGUUCUAUGUGAAGGACCGUCCGAGCUAUCUUGCUCCUGUUGAGGGGGCCAAGCAGGAGCCAAUGUUCGGCUAG